CUUCAAAAGCCUGACGACUCGCCGGCGACGCCAACGGAAGACGACGUGCGCCACCACCUCCGCCGGAACCGGGAAGGCAGAGCAGGAGACAGGAGGGCGGUCGGCACCCAGUCCACCACUGGCGGACGGAGAUGAAGAAGUGCCCGUCGGAGCUGCAGCUGGAGGCGUUCAUCCGGGAAAGCGGCGAGGGCGCCGUUUCCGGCGCCGCGGAGAGCAAGCCCUCCGGAAGCGGACCGAGCGAGCCAGGUGGCAGCGGCGUGUUCUCGCCCGGCGGCAUCGGCUUCGGCGACACGAGCGCCAUGGAUGGAAACAGCUGGUGGUUCGGGAGCAUCCGCCCGGCGAACCCAGUCGCGUCGCAGACGGCGUCCAUCUCCGCUAGUCCCAGGGCAACCACUUCGGCAAAUCAUGCUCUUGAGAGCGAGUCAGACUCCGACAGCGAAUCGUUGUAUGAGGUAGAGGGAGGUUCAUGUGAGCGAGGCACCAAAUCUAUGGAAACAAAGCGAAUAAGAAGGAUGGUGUCCAACAGGGAGUCUGCUCGACGAUCCAGGCGGAGAAAGCAGGCACAAUUAUCUGAACUUGAGUCACAGGUCGAACAACUUAAAGGUGAAAAUGCAACUCUGUUCAAGCAACUUUCAGAGGCGAACCAACAGUUCACCACUGCAGUCACAGACAACAGAAUCCUCAAAUCAGAUGUAGAAGCCUUAAGGGUCAAGGUAAAGAUGGCAGAGGAUAUGGUAGCAAGAAGCGCAAUGUCCUGCGGCUUAGGUGACCUUGGUCUGGCACCAUAUCUGAAUUCAAGAAAGAUGUGCCAAGCUUUGAAUAUGCUCACAGUCACAGGGUUGGAUUUGCUAGGAAGCGAUGCAUUCAGAGGUACAACCGCAGCUCGACAAGUUCAGAACUCACCAGUACAAAGCACUGCAAGCCUAGAGAGUCUGGAUAACCGGAAGUCUAGUGAGGUGACCAGCUGUGCGGCAGACAUGUGGCCUUGAGAUUCAGGACAUUGAUCAGAUUCAAAGCUUGCUAAGCAGAAAAAAAGCACCAGUUCAUCACCUCAAAUUGUGCCUUUGGAGCAUAGCUUCUGUCAAAUUUCCUUGAAUCAUAUUUCUACAGAAGGCUUUACACUACGCAUUGCUGGUUUGAUGUAGCUAUGUAGGUACUUCUCCGGUGGGAAAGAUACCAUUUACUGGCAGUUGUCAUGGCAACCAGGGAAUGCGGCAAAGCUCAGAGUAUAGUUUCAAGUAGAAAAUGAACUUGUCAUUGUACAAAUCUGCAAAAGCAAAAAAUAGAUGUAACUUUUUCUCACACGCAUAGAAGUAUAUGAAAUAUCCUGAAUAAAUGUGUCAAGCAGGGAAUGAUGCUUAAGAUCCAAAUGCAGGCCACAGGUGAGACAAUUAUGUUUACAACAAAAAUAAAGUGAUACAUUGUUUAGAAA